GACCCUAGGCUUACGCACCCUUUUCCUUUAUCCUUCUCUCGGGUUGCGCAGUCCAAGAGGCCCAUCUGUCUCUUACUAUUUGAGUCCCUGCUGUCUCAUUGGAAGCUUUCUGAGCAGCUGCAAAAUAUGUUUUUAACUUUAAGUGGAAGUUGGGAUCAUCAGCGUCUGGCCUGGAACAGCCACUCUCAGCAAGGGCUCUUUCGGCUCUGACAGUCCCUAGCUUUACAGAUCGGAUCAUCUAUUCCAGUCGCCUCGCAACAGCAGCUCGGCGACAGGGGCUGGAACCGGAACGAGAACUGCUCGCGCGCGCUCAGAGGGCGCCGGCGGCAGCACCGCCCUCCGGGAGGACUAUGCUGCGAGGCAAGUCCCGGCUCAACGUGGAGUGGCUGGGCUACUCGCCCGGCCUGCUCCUGGAGCGCAGGCCUCUCCUGGCGGGGCGCACGCCCCGCAGCUCCGGCCGAAAUGAAGGUUCGUUAGCCUCCACUCUGAAGACGCUCCUGUUCUUCACAGCUUUAAUGAUCACUGUGCCUAUUGGCUUGUAUUUCACAACUAAGUCUUAUGUUUUCGAAGGCGCCCUGGGGAUGUCCAAUAGGGACAGCUAUUUUUAUGCUGCUAUUGUUGCAGUGGUCGCCGUCCACGUGGUGCUGGCCCUCUUUGUUUACGUGGCCUGGAAUGAAGGCUCACGGCAGUGGCGUGAAGGCAAACAGGAUUAGAGUGAACACCGCCUUUUGAUAACACUAAAUUGCUUUUUUUAAAUGGUGAAUGCAUCGGGGAUAUUGGUGAUUUCAAUAAAGUUGAAAGAACAUGUUAAAAUCAA